ACGUCUUGGUUUGGAGUCGGAGAGAAGAAGGACGAGGAGAUGUACCCGGCGCUGCUAUCUUCCGAGCCGAGACUGCCUGGGGUUCGGAGGCGGCCCAUGAAGCGGCAGGUCAAGGUUCGGAUCAUGCUGCCGAUGAGCAUCCGGUGCAACACCUGCGGGAACCACAUCUGCCGGGGGACCAAGUUCAGUUCCAGGAAGGAGGAAGCCGUCGGCGUGACGUAUUUGGGGAUCCAGAGAUUCAGGUUUUACUUCGAAUGCAGCAAGUGCUAUGCUGAGCUCACGAUCAAAGCCUAUCCACGGGAUCCCGAUUGCAUGGUGGAGUCAGAGGCGACGAGGGUAGAAGAUUCUGUGGUGGAGAAUGGGAAAAGGAAGAGGGAUGCCGAAGAGAUGGGCGAUGUCAUGAAGUCCACGUCUUCCGAUUCCAAGAGAGAGAUUGAUAUUCUCCCUGCUCUCGAUGAUAUGGAUUCCAUGAAGGAGCAUUUUCUCCAUACUGUGGUCCAAUUCCUAUCCCUGACUGACAAAGAAAUUGGAGGAAGAGGACGAAGAGCUCAUUAAAUCAUUAGUACCCCAUGUUAUCAAUAACCACCCUUCUGUAUCUGAAAUCCAAAGAUUUUAUUCAUAGGGUCAAAGAUGAAGAUUCUGAGGAUGUGGAAGACCUGAUUCGACCUUGUGCUAGGAAUGAUGAAUCAUUGAAUAGUGCUCUCAAGUAGAGAAAAUUUUCUGAGGAAUUUUCGGACAAGCCAACAGAUUCCUUGACAAAAGCUACCAUCAGUGACUUCUCGAAUGACAGA